UCAAAUACGCAAACAAGCAGCGCGUUUCAACGCCACUUUGCUCGACCACUGGGCCGGAAGUAUGGGCAAACGAGGGCCAGCAUCACCAGAGAAUAUAAUAAGAGGCAUUGGUGAAGAAAUUAGCAGAACACACCAGCUAAACGAAAGUCACAAAGCUGCCAUCAAGGCCAACCUGGCCCUACUGCAAAAUAAUGGGGACAGCAACAAUAACCGGGGUAAAGCCAACACGCUUUCUGGAAGCAUGAAGUACCUGCUCGAAAGCGAAAGUCUUCGCAAUAUACUGCUAGCAUACCUCGCCUUUCCGACAGGACUAUACAAGCUCAACAAAGACACGAGACAGCCGAAGAGUGGCCAGAUUAGCGUGCAAAAUCUGAGGCAUCAUCGACAUCCUAUCACACUUUGCCGCUCAAGCCAAAAUUGGGUUUCUCAACAGUUCAAAGCACUCAGCCACGAUGUCAAACCUGACGAGGACUUAAUAUCCCGAUGGCUGGACACGAUGACUCCCGAGAAAGAAACAUUGGUUGACAUCGUGCUCAAAAACCUAAAUGACGGCAUGCAAAUCGGUGUUUGUCAAGAGGUUUUAGCAUCUCAGAUUACCGAGCGUGGGCUUGUCGAUUUACACAGCGAGCCGGAAUUGUCGGCCGGCUGGGACGGAUAUGCCCCUCGCUUGAUCCGCGGCGGUGCCCAAGAGUUUUUUCCAGAAAUAGAGCACACACAACAGGACGACGUCUUCGCCCAGAAACUGAUGGAUAUAACGACAGGAUUGGCCAGAAAACAAGGAAAGAAGUCUGAAGUGCAAUUUGGGGCCUAUAGACUCAAGCCUGGAGCUGAUAGCAGUGAAAAUCUGAGGAUUGAGACAAGCCUCGAAUCGUGGCAAUUGAUGCAAUCUGGCCCGGUUCGAUGUUGCGAAAUGCCCAAAUUCGUGGUCGAGGAGGCUUUAACAUUGACAGGUGAAGGCGUGAGCCCAAACAUGACGCCGAGGUUGGUUCUCGCCCCUACUUCCAGCUUCACAGACAUUCAUAUCGACGGCGGAUCCCACGGCCUUUCCGUAAUGGCCCCAGGGGUAUUCAAGCUGUGGGGUUUGUGGCCAGGCACCGAGACAAACAUCAGCACAUUGUCGAGGCUGAAAUGUCAAGCGGCGGCGAAAGCGCUUGAAGAAAAAGUCACGGAUGCGGAUUUUGUGUUGCCACAAGCAGUCAAAGAACUGGAAGACCGGAUCUGGUUUGUCACUGACUCUAUAGAUCUUCUUCACAUGCGCCCCGGUACCAUCCACACCGUCUACACCAUGAAUGGAGGCAUUCUCGCUGGAUGCAACUUUGUUUCCGCAGAUGAUGUGGUGGCUACGGCUCGUGCAGUUGAUGCGAUUUGGAGCGAAAGUGAGGCUAGGGGGAUAAAGCAGAAUCAAGACGACGAACUGGGAUACUUUGUGCAGGGUUUGCAGUUGUGCUUGGAGCGGGAGGGUCUGGAUAACGCGGAGGAACUGUCCCAACCUGCCCAGGAUGCGUGCACGCAACUUUGCAAGCGCGCGGCUCGCAUGCAGCAGGUUAUAAAACCAGGCGAUUUCGAAAACAUAAGGGCUGUAAUGUUAGCGGGCAAACAAGCUUGUGAGGUUGAGAGCAAGCGAUUUGAUCGCGUGGUCCGGAGGGCGCCGAAAGCGCAGAGGGUGUGCAGGUCAUGUAACAAAUACUACGUGAAGGUAUGA